AUGACAUCGGCGUUUGGGAUAGUGCACAUGACCAUCCAUCCCACGUAUGCAGCUGCCCGGCAUGGAGACUUUCUCCGGACAGGCUGUGUCGUGUCCGAAAACCAAUCGACCCCGUUCCGUCUAUCGCCCACUGUCGCCGGAAUCUUCCGCAGGGUGAGUGAGAUUAAGGCACAGUCGUUCCUUAUUGAGCCUUGGCUUUGUCGCGGACGAAUUACGCCCGAGGCUUACAUGUACUCUUGUUUCGACGGCACAGCAGCAUCGUCUAUGAGUCAAGCCGUGUACAUGAACUUAUGUCAUCGACUACCUCAAGAAGGCUUCCACUUUUGCUCGAGUAUCUAUGCUAUUUCAAUUAACCUCAUCUACCUUAUCUUGAGUAGGCACAUCUAUACAGAAUAUUGGCGCACUGUUCUAUGCUUCCGAUUGGCAUUGGAAACGAACCUGACGACGAGAUCUUUGGCUCUGCAAGCGGCUGGUUUUGAUGAUAGCGCACCAAAAUGUCAUUUAGGCGAGAUGCCGAUAUACGAUAUGCAUUCAAACCAGUCAGAUGCAUUCGCACUAAGAACCCAAGACUUAGCAGUAGAGGCUGACAUUCACUCACGUAUUCCACUUACCGCCUCAUCCACGUAUUCCACCUGCCAUCUUGUAUUCUUCUUGCCGUCUUGUAUUCUGUCUUCCGUCUUGACCGGAAAACGCCAACUACUAGAUAGCGAACGCUUAAUGGAAUGGGAAAGGAAUAGAAGGAACCGGGCUGUUGGCCAAAUCAACCGCAGGCUAGCAAAUCCAACCUACAUCACAUCCACUUAUGUUCUUUCUCGUUUGAGCUCUGGCAUUGCGCCGAUUCUAGUCCAUAAGCGUAGUGCGCCUCGUCUCAUGAAUUUGUUCUCCACUUUGGACCUUUACACCACUCAUCUCGAGACUCUUGGGAAUGCCCCGUCAGAGUACUUUGGUGUAUUCAGCCCAGUCUUUACCGUUUCCACAGUUUGCGUCUUUGCACCAGAAGAGAUGCUUGGUUGUGUCAUCCGAAUCCGGCCUACGAAGGCUUCUCAUCAGUCACCAUAA